AUUGUCAUUGACUCAUUGACAUUUCUUAGUUUUUGACAGCUUGGAAUUUUGUGAUUUGUUAAAUGAUAUGAUCAAUUGUAAAUUGUGUUUGAUGUGUUGGAAUAUUUACUAUAUGUUAACCAUAUUUCGUUUUAUGUGAAAAUAUCUUACUUAAGCAUUAACCAAUUAUAGACAAAAAAUGUCAGGUUUUGACACAAAGUACGAUAUGUUUCCAUCUGGUGAUGUGGGUGUGGUGGAAGGAGAAAUGAAUGUACCGACACGAGGAGUACCUUCAGGUGAUAGCAUGGAAUUCAACACGCUAGACGAACCAAUCAAGGAAACAUUUUUACGUGACUUAAGAGCUGUCGGAAACAAAUUUUACCAUGUCCUUAUUCCUAGAGAAAAAACUAGUUUAUUAAAAGAAUGGGAUUUAUGGGGUCCAUUGCUACUGUGCACUUUCAUGGCAACAGUCCUACAGGGGUCAACAGAAAGGGCAGAUAAUUCAAAUGAUGGUGGCCCCGAGUUUGCAGAGGUGUUUGUCCUAGUCUGGAUUGGAGCAGCUAUUGUGACCAUAAAUUCUAAAUUGCUCGGUGGAAAUAUAUCAUUCUUUCAAUCAGUUUGUGUUUUGGGUUAUUGCCUGUUCCCCAUUGCAUUGUCAUUGAUCAUCUGCAGAGUGAUACUCUUCACAACUCAAAAUACCUUCUUGUUUUUCCUACGUCUCGUCAUUUCAAUGAUUGGAUUUGCCUGGGCGACAUUUGCGGCUACAAAGUUUCUCGGUGAUAGUCAACCUGAGGGCAAGAAGGGACUUGCAGUGUUUCCAAUAUGUUUAUUCUAUUUCAUACUAUCAUGGCUUGUUGUAUCGCACAGUAAUGUUUAGCUAAAUUAUCUACUAUGUAUUUAUUUAUUGUGAUACGAAUUUUAUAGAAGAAUAUGUGAAUAAAUGUUAGUUAAGUCUGUAUAUUUAAGAUUUGUAAACGCUACAUUAUAAAUGUCGACAUGUACAUGUCAGUCAUAUGCACUAUUUUACAAUGAUAUUUUAUCUUUGGACAUGCCCACAUUAAACUAUAAUCUUAUAUAAAGUGAGAAGAGUGACUCUCUUUUAUUUAGUAGCUUACGAUCCUGCAAUCCUAUAAGACGUCAUUCAGUUGUAUGUCCGAUGAAUAAAUAUACAAAUUAUACCUUCGUUCUAUACAUGUAAUUAUUAUGUCUUUUUUCUUAUAGUAUUGUUAUUUUUUAUUUAUACUCUAAAAGUUGUAGCUCGUAUUGUUUUUUCUAUGUUAGGGUUACCAGGUGUGCAUACAUUCUUUUCUUUUUACGGUCAACCCUGGCCAAAUAUUUGUCAUUAUUCUAUAAGGCAGUAUCACCGACUGACGCUUGUAGAGCGUAUAUAAGGCUUUUGAAAAAUGCAAUAAUAUCCGGAUUUAUUUAAUGCAGAUAAUUCGGAUUUAGUAUUUUAAGGCAAUAGGGUAUUCUCGGUGCCCGAGUUAUCUUCAUAGUAAAUUUCAUCAAAAUCAUUUCAGCGGUUUUGCCGAAGUUUCGCAUUUAUAAUAAAUUCAGAUUGAAAGUUAUUUUUUAGUUAUUUUUAUUUGUAUAUAAUUGUCAAUAGAUAAAAUAUCAUUUAUCUUAAAAUAUGUUUUAAAGAAUAAUAAUAAUUGCAUUUUCUGUAUCGUGGACAUAAAAUGACGUUAAAAC